GCGUUGUGUAAGCAGCUGGAGUUUCACGUGGGACGAGAAAAAAAUAAUCUCGCAAAUAAGAUAAACACAUACACUUAGCGCCGUGUGUUGAACAGAACACACAUACAUAUAAGAUCUCUAUAUGACGACUUUGGCUCGCUACAAACCUGGCAGUAGUAAAAAAGCCUUUCAGCCGUCAUCAUGUGUCAUGGAUACUUCCAUUUCUUUACCUUAGUUGUGAUACUUACUUUAUCAUCAAUUAAUCAAGUAUCAGCAGUAAAAUGCUACGACUGCGAUUCCCAUAUCGAUAAGGAUUGUACUGACAAUCCUAAACAAACUAAGUUUAUCGUUGAUUGUUCGCACCAUUCCUUUCUACCAACUUCGGAAAAGCAAGAUAAUCAAGCAGCAGGAGUGGAAUAUAAUUGCGGCUAUGCGCGAGGAGUUUCAACUAUAGAUAGUGAAAUUCGAGUAAGAAGAGGAUGCGCUGUCAAAUCAACGACGUGUGAAACUUACUCAAGGAUUUACAAAGCGGAUCACAAUAUCGAGCUUAAAGAGUGCACGCGCUGUGAAUCUGAUUUCUGUAAUUCGUCUGGACAUUUGAGUACUGGAAUCUGGAGCCUUUCUUUAUCUUUAAUAGCACUAUAUAUUUUUAAAUUAUAAAUUGGAUCAAUUUGACAUUUAAGAUAUUUUAUGACGAGUUUUAUGAAAUAGCGUGCAUGCACGUACUAUAUUAUUUUGUAUCAAUGUAUUUUUUGUAAUUUUUCUACUUGAAAUUGAGAUGGGUACAUAUGUUUUUCAAUCUAAAGAGUUAGACUAGUUAAGAAUAAAUAAAUCAUCAUCACUUAUCAAAUGCAUCGCAAUAAAAUACGUAUCAUGAAAGUUGUAUAUAUUUAAACGAACUAUCUAUUGUAUGAAUGAAUGUAAAUCAGGCUAGAUUAGUUCUACAACCAAUCAUCUAAGUGAUCAUUGUUAUUCUAGGAAAUGGAUGAUUUGUUUGUGAAAAAUAGACUGAAAAUAGCAUUAACCUUUUGUAUGCAUUAAUAAGUAAUUUUCCCGGCGUCCCAGUCGAACCGGUCUUUCGGGAUUCUAAAUAUUCCAGUUUAAAGUUCAAGAGUACGUGCGAUUUAUUUACACACUGUGAGUUAACCGAUUAUGCAUUUUAGUCGAUUAAACUUUGCCUGCAUAAGAUAUUCUUUAUGACACGGAUAUACAGCAGACCACGUCUUAGCUAUGCAAUAUUGUAUUAUAAUUAUUACUUUAUAAGGGGCAUAUCCAGAUCUACUAGAGUUGGCCAGUUAUAUCGAGAACUAAUUUAACGAUAUGUAUACCAAUCUUGUUCUAUAUCGUGAUUUUGUAGGUUUUAUGACUUUGUACCCUUUUACAUUUGCAAAAUGUAUAAUAAUAUUACAAAACAUUCACUUUAUCAACUACGAAUACAGACUUUGAGUCGAGUUAAUAAUUUGACCGAUUAAACACCGAGAGUUUUUUUAGGCAUGUAGAUCAAAUUGUAACCUAGCCGCACAAGAUAUCUUUAAAAAAAGGUACCUAAGCAUUCAGAAUUCAGUGCAAACUCACUUUUUAUAGAAUUACGAAUUAGCUAUAUAUACCGGGACGACUUAAAAAUGGACUGACAAAAACAUAUUUUAUUUGGUUCAACUCGACUUACUUAAACGUUUCCAGGUAAUUUAUUUUAAAGACAAACAUCAUUUCUUACGUCAUGCGAGUGGUAAACAUUUUUAUAAAAAAUAGUAUUUCAACGGUUAUCCGAGUAUGUCAUCACCUGCAAUGCAGAUUAUGAUUAGAUAGGGUUUGUGCUUACCUUGUACGUGAACCUAAAACGCCGAUAAGCUUCUACAUAUAUGUUACGUGCUAAGCUAGAGCAGACACCAGACGCUGAGAUGUCACCAAACGAUCGACAAGAUUAAAAAGAAGUCGGAGGAGAGUCCCCUGUUUUCACAGGAAAAGAAAGACAGGAUGUAACAAUAUACAGUCAAAAAGCAAUUAUUUUGUG